AGACAGUGCAUCUGUCAUGUAUGCAAACCGCCUGAUCUUACCCCGACUGAGUUCUUUCUUUUCGAUCCGAAACAUGUCAUCUCUUAAGAUAGAAGGCCAGGGCUUUGGAAGGACUGUGGCAUUGAAUAGCGGUCACAAAAUACCCAUGUUUGGCCUUGGAUUCUUCUUAAGCAAGCCUGAAGAGUUAGCGCGGAAUGCCGCCAUCACUGGUCUGCAUCAUGGCUACCGUUUGUUGGACACAGCUGUUUUGUACGAGAAUGAAAAAGAAGUUGGUGAAGGAAUACGGAAAUCAGGAAUAAAUAGAAAAGAUGUUUUUGUUGUUACAAAGAUUGGUCCGUAUGCCAAGAAGCAUGGUUAUGAUCAGGCUAUUAAUGGUGUUAAGACGAGUUUAGAGAGUUUAGGCACAGGURACAUWGACCUUAUGCUCAUUCAUACUCCAACACCAGGAAAACUCUUAGCAACUUACGAUGGACUAUUAAAGAUGAAAGAAGAAGGACUUGUCAGAUCUGUUGGUGUGUCCAAUUUUGGUGUUCAUCACCUUGAGGAACUGCGUAAAGCUGGAAAACCAACACCAGCUGUCAAUCAAAUUGAAUUAAACUGCUUCUGGCGCAAGGAAGAUAUUGUGGAGUAUUGUCAUAAACAUGACAUAGCAGUAAUGGGWUAUAGCCCAUUAUUCCGAAAUAGAAAGUCUGAUGAUCCAGUACUUGUUGAAAUGUCUAAAAGAUACAACAAAAGUGUUGCCCAGCUAAUGAUUCGCUGGAGUUUCCAGAAGGAUUACAUCACUAUUCCAAAGUCUUCAAACCCUGUAAGAAUUGUGGAAAAUGCAAACAUCUUUGAYUUUGUUAUCAGCGAUGAAGACAUGAAAAUAUUGGAUAGUUUACCAGCAGAAAGAUGCGUUUUUCCGACCGACAUCACUGAAAUGCCAUGGCUUGGGUAACCACCCACCCACGACAAAUCAGAGUUAAACCUAUAAACCAUAGAGAGCUUCUUUUGGUUGUUUAGCCUCUUCUUGUUUGAUACCGUGAUCGACCCUUUUCCAUAAAAAGCUUAAUUGUUGGCAACGACAUGUUGCAUAAAGAUGCGUAAAAUGAUAACAUUUAGAAUACAUUACUCUUGAAAAUGGUGUCUGAUGACACCGAAACGUCUAGUUUACUUGUCGCAUUAAAUCUUAUAGUAAUAAUUGAUAACAACUCAUAAACAUAUUAAAUAAGAAAACCAACU